AUGGCUGCCGCGUCGUCUUCGUCUCGUUCCCCUUCGUCCUCCUCCCAUUCAGAUGUUGGUCCCCUCGGCAUCGCAGCGCGUCAGCACUUGCCUUUUGCUAAAGUGCUUCAAACCCCGCGUUUCUCCAAUCCCUUCGUCGCUCUCCCUAUCCCGGGGGGCUUGUCUUCCUCCGCUGCUUCCCCCGACUCCGCCGCUUCCCCCGCCUCCGCCCCCGCCUCCGCCUCCCCCCCUUCCGCCUCCGCCUCCGCCUCCCUUCCUUCCGCCUCCGCCCCGUCCGCCUUUCAAGGGGACGCCGCGUCGCCGUCCGCCACAGCGCCAGACCCGGCGCCUUCCGCGGCGGGCUCGAAAGCGCUGAUUCUGCUGCCGCGCCAGCGGCUUCUCUUAGUCCCCGCCGUCGACUCGACUCCGGCUACUACCGCUGACGUUAUCACCGUCGUCGAGGCAGGUUCGCGGAAGAACCCUAGAGUGGAGCCUAUUCCAGGCGCGUGUGCAGCACACGCUGUCGCACGUGCCAUUUCGGGAGCUUCUGGAGGAGAUUCAGCGGUGGAGCAAGGCGCGCGGGGGGAUAGGCGGGUGGGCGGAGGGCGGCGCGCGCGGAUCGCGGCGGUACCCGAACAAGCAGAAGCUGUCGUCCGUGCAAGACUUUUUCCAAUACGCGGAGGCGGAAGGGGUGGGGUAGGCGAGGUGGACAAGCUCAAGGCCAAGUUCAUUGCUGGCCGCAUCAUCCUUCUCAUCGCCACCACCACCACUGCUCUUGCUACCAGCCUCGUGUGUCUUGAGCUUUACAAGGUGCUUCAGGGCGCCAAGGCCUCUGCCCUGCGCAACACCUUUGCCAACCUGGCCCUCCCGCUCUUCUCCAUGGCUGAGCCCGUGCUACCCAAGAGCGUCAAGCACAAGGAGCUGACGUGGACCGUGUGGGACCGGUGGACGGUGGAAGGCGAUGUCACGAUGCAGGAGCUGCUGGACUGGUUCUCGGCUAAGGGGCUCGAUGCGUACAGGAGAGACGGUGGGAAGCAAGCAUCUCCUGCGGCCAAGCCCUUCUCUACAAUUCUCUCUUCCCGCGUCACAAGGAGCGCCUACCCCGCAAGGUCUGCAACAGGCCCUGGUGGGGGUGGCACAGCAGCACGGCGCCUUACAGCUGUUCACACGUCUUCACCUUCCAUUCUCCUUACAAUCCCUCUCCCAUACUCCCGUUUUCAGCCGGGGAAGUACACUGGACUGCGCCAGGCCUUGGUGGGGGUGACACAGCAACACGGCGCCUCACAGCUGUUCCGAGGGGUGGUGCCGAAGCUGGCAUCCAUGGUGCCCGCCUCGGCCAUCAACUUCCUCGUGUUUGAGUCGUUGAAAGAUGAAAUCAAGCUGGCAUCCAUGGUGCCCGCUUCGGCGAUCAACUUCCUCGUGUUCGAAUCCCUCAAAGAGAGGUCAGAUGCAUACGUCCAUGUGUGUGCUCUAUGCCCCUCACACGCACUCCCGCUCUGUCCCGCUCUCCUGGUGCCCAAGCUGGCGUCCAUGGUUCCCGCCUCUGCCUUCAACUUCCUCGUGUUUGAGUCACUCAAGGAGGACAUCAAGGUUAGAUCUUAA